AUGUCAGAUCAAGCGAAUCGAGUUGUGUACAUUGAACAAAGGCGGCACAUUGUCGUCAAUUCACCUCCACAGUCACCAACACCAUUGCAUCAUUUCCCUGUAAAUCAGUAUUCAGCUUCAUCUUCUAAUCCACCAGCCCCUUUGAGUCAACCUCAGCAGUUAUACCGUACUACUACUACAUCUAAUACACCAAAUACCAGAAGAAAGAUGUUCUCACAACGGGCCUUCAAUGGAAUCGUUUUUUGUGUUCGAAUUUUCAUUUUGAUUCUUGCCAUAGUUUCCAUGAUUCUUAUCCUCACAGCGCCUGGAGCUUGCUUUUCCAGAUAUUUAAAUGGACAAUCUAUAAGUAGAGAAAUUUGUCCCGGCCAGAAUAGUAUAUUCCCAAUGAAUGCUGAUAGGUGGAGCAAUGCCCUUCACUUCCAAGGAAGAGGGCAAAAUGUUUACGGACAAGUUGCUCUCAUUUGUAUCACUCUAGCAUUCGGAUUAAUCACAGUUGGAGUAAGCUGUGUGACAUUAGCAACGAACAGUAUACUCACUUACCCGCAAAUUUUAAUCUCCGGACUCUCGAUGGUUGCAUUCAUUGUGAGUGGAGGAGUCGAAACAUGGUAUGCAACUGGCUAUGAUCACAUGGAGUUCUUUAUUCAGGCUGUUGGUAACGGAGUGUUCUCUGGAUGCGCUGGAAUCCCAGGUUGUCAGAUUCAAUUUGUGGUCAAAGGAUGGGCUGUUGCAGCUGCUUUCUACUUUCUGGGAGCCGUCCUCUACGUUAUCGAUAUGGCUUUGAUCUUCAUUUCUCGUGAAAAGUAA